UGUAACAGCACAGUGUCCCACCAGCUGCUCUGGUGUGACAUCCCUCAGACAUCUUGUGUGCCUCUCUGACAUCGCAACUUGGGGGGAAAAAGGUUGGCUUGGGGCACUGUGUGAAAUUUUGUAUUACUCUAAAAAGGAAGAAGGAAAAUUAAAAACUCAUUCAGCUUUUUUUUUUUUUUUUGCUACAGAGAAAGGUAGUCAAUAACUAACAGAAGACAGUUGUUUUUAGUGCCUGUUUUAGCUAAAAUAAUGGGGGUUAAUUAUUAAACUUUUUACUUGGUUGCUCACUUGUGCUGCUGAUGCUUUAAUCCUGGGUCACAGAAAGUUUAAGAGUGCUUUACAGGGGAGACUCACUUCUUUUUGCCUCAACCUUUCCACGCUGACGGGAUGUUACGGGUUUCACUGCUUACUCUCUCUGUAGUUGCCAUUGCUCACGCUGAGCUCUGCAAGCCAGAUGCACAGAAUGCUUUCAAAGUACGGCUCAGUAUCAAAACAGCUUUGGGAGAGAAUGCAUAUGCCUGGGACGCUAAUGAAGAGUACCUCUUCAAAGCAAUGGUGGCUUUUGCAAUGAGAAGAUAUUCCAGCAAGAGCACAACUCAGAUGAAUCGGAACAGAAUCAACAGUGCCUUCCUACUGAGUGACAAAACACUGCAGUUCCUGAAGAUAACCUCAACCUUAUCACCUCCUGUUGAACCCGCGACGCCUGUCUGGCUUAUUGUAUUUGGUGUUGUUCUUUGUCUCAUUGUGGCAGGAAUUGUUUUCCUCGUUGUUUCAGGGAUUCAGAAACACAAGAAAAAGACUAAAGAGUCAACAGAGAGAGAAAAUUUAGAAGAGAAAGGCGAAGUGACAGUAACAGUAGAAAAUGGGAUUCCUUGUGAAGUGCUGGAUUUAAAAGCAGGCCAUGUUAAUGGAGUUUUUGCAGCAGAUGAUGAACGAUUCACACCCUUAUGAAAUGCUGCCAUUGCUAUCUGGCAGUUUUUUGAAAGACUCCUGUGCCUACCUUAUCUCGCCACUACUCCUGAAUGUCAAACAUGAAGACAAGAAAAAUGUCCUUUCACUUAAUUUCCCUCGAGAGAACCUUUUGCGGAUAACACAUACACUCAAACCUCCAUUACGAAGCUUUUGUGCAUGAGCAAAGCAAAUGAGACAACCUCAAAUGAUAUCCAUUAAAGAUUUCCAGAAGAUGUGUGGCAGAACAGGGUUGAAUCCUGCCUUGUGUCAGGGAUUUAAUUUUUAAUGAUUAUUUAAAUAUGUCCAUUGCUUGUUUUUCCCUGAGAUAAAUGUGAAACUGUAUUAUUCCUGAAUAUCACUGGGGAGAUCAUCUAUCUUUGUCAGUUCUUGCUGGGCUUUCUUUCAAGCCAUAUGCAAAAGUUUCUCUGUAAAAUGACUUCUGUUUGCUGAUAUGCAGUAUGCCUUUGGAUGGAAUAGUAAUUGGUGCAUCAAAGUAUUCAUUUCUAGAGAAAAAAAAAAGCAAGCUUUCACAGCCUCUGUAAGAGCAAGUUAAAAUGUGGCUGGGUCGCCUACAGCUUUAGAGCUAGGAAAGAUCUAGUACUGAAAGUGUUUUUCACUUAACGGAUCCAAGUCAUGGAUUACAUGACCUGGAAAUUAAAAGUUGCAAAAGUUCGAUAUUUGUUGAAAUUAAAAGUUGCAACAAAGGGCAGAUUUUCCCAAGGUGCAGUCUGUGGUUAGUGGCCCAGCUCUCAUUAAAUCUAUGAGGGCAUUUCACAGCUCUUUGGAAAAAUCUUCUUUACAUUUUUUGCAAAUAGAACUAGAGUAGAUUACCCAGACAUAGCCAACCCAGUGUCAGAUGAACCUUCAGGAUAUCACCAGGUAUCAUACAGCUGGAUAUCUUGUGAACAGAUUCAGUGCUUGGAUCACCAGCUGCUGGGCUUGGUGCACCUGACCGGGGUGAGAACGUGUAGAUGCUGGUAAGUCAGCAGAGACCAUUGAAACCUGUGUUUCCCAUUUGUGUGACUGGAAGUUGAGGGCACCAUCAAAUGGUGCCAGACCCUAAACUGCAUUGUUGGAUUACUUUGGAGUCAGCCAUACACACAGACUGUGCUAUCUGUGCCCUAAUCCGAUUCCUAUUUAAAUCAGUGAUAAAAUUCUGACUAAUUUCAGAAAAACAGGGGCCCGGUAAAGGGGAGUGGUAUAUGUGGGUAACUGUACACAGAGAACAGAAGUGUGUUGAAGCAAAAUAUGAUAUCUGCAGUCACCAAACAGCUGCCCAUAUCACUGAGGGCAAGAUUUGACCAUUAACCACCCUGUUUCCAGUGUCACGUUUGGAGGAGGCAAUAUUAGAAAAUCUAUUUACUUAUUAGGGUUAUUCCUUCAGACUUCUCACCAACAGGAAGAGGGUAAAACGGUAAAAGCUGCUUGUAAAGGACUAUCCAGUGUCCUAAAGGGUACAAAGUUUUCUGGUCUCCCAGGGUACAAAUUUUGGCUGUAUUGAGAACUUUUGACUAUCCAUUUGACUCAGUACUGGCUCUUGGGAACAGGGUGAGCAGAAGGGGAGGAAUGGGGAGGAGAAGGGGAAGCAGUGGGGCAAAGGGAGGCAGCUGAACAGGGGAAGCCGGUAAGCUGGAGGCUAAGGGAGGCAGGGCAGAGGAGGGCUAAAUACAAAAUAAAACUAUGGAACCCACUGAU